GAUAAGAGCAAGAAGUCCUUUUUCUUUUGCCGGCCUUUCUCGAUCUCCGCCAUUCUUAAUACCACGAAGAGGGCAGGUGGAGUGUUCAGUGCAGAGAACUGAGUAACAGAGAAGAUGGGAGAAGUCGGCGAUGGGGGAGAAGAGAACAUGGCAGCAUGGCUUCUCGGCAUUAACAAUCUAAAGGUCCUGCCUUACAAGCUCCCACCACUUGGCCCUAAUGAUGUUCGCGUGCGCAUGAAAGCUGUUGGCAUUUGUGGCACUGAUGUCCAUUAUCUGAAGACUAUGAGGAUGACUCAUUAUGUUGUGAAAGAGCCUAUGGUGAUUGGACAUGAAUGUGCUGGAAUUAUUGAAGAGUUGGGAAGUGAAGUGAAAUCUCUUGCUGUGGGUGACCGUGUCGCUGUAGAACCAGGAAUGACCUGUGGGCGCUGCAAGUAUUGCAAGGCUGGGCGUUACAACCUAUGUGAUGACACAAAGUCCUUAGGUCUUCCGCCAAUUCAUGGUUCUCUUGCUAAUCAGCUGGUGCAUCCUGCUGAUCUUUGCUUUAAGCUUCCUGACAAUGUGAAUUUGGAGGAAGGGGCUAUGUGCGAGCCCCUUAGUGUUGGGGUACAUGCUUGCAGGAGAGCUAAUAUUAAUCCAGAAACAAAUGUGCUUAUCGUUGGGGCCGGAACUAUAGGAUUAGUCACAAUGUUCACAGCUCGUGCCUUUGGAUCCCCAAGAAUUGUUAUAGCCGAUGUUGAUGAACAACGCCUUUUGAUUGCAAAAUCUCUUGGGGCAGAUGAAUUUGUCAAGGUUUCUCCAAGCAUUGAGGACUUAGACCAGGAAGUGGAGCAAAUAAAAAAAGCUAUGGGUUCUGAUAUCGAUGUGACCUUCGAUUGCGCUGGCUUCAGUAAAACAAUGUCGACCGCGCUGAAUGCCACUCGCACCGGUGGCAAGAUUUGCCUUGUAGGAAUGGGCCACAAUGAGAUGACUAUUCCUCUUACUUCUGCUGUAGCAGCAAGAGAAGUUGAUAUUAUUGGUGCAUUCCGGUACAAAGAAACUUGGCCCCUGUGCAUUGAACUCAUAAGGUCUGGAAAAAUUGAUGUGAAGCCUUUGAUAACUCACCGGUUUGGGUUUUCUCAGGAGGAGGUCGAGGAAGCAUUCGAAGUUAGCGCUCGUGGUGGUAAAGCAAUUAAGGUCAUGUUCAACCUCUAGCAUGUAGAAAAUUGCUGGAGGCUUGUUCUGUGUGACAAUAAAAGAUCAUGUUAUAUGCAUGCUUUUAUGAAUAAAGCAGGUAUUGAAAAAAUAUGCUUCAGCUAAAUAAAAUAUCUAAUAUGAUUUUGGUUGUA